AACAGCAGUCGCAAUCGCGCAGUAGCUCAGCUGUGAUGGCCGUUUCAGAGGCACUGCGGUCGCGCCACCGGAAACUCACCUGAAAGGCGACCGAUACCGGCCGCGUGCUUUCGCUUCUUCUACACUCCGCUGCCAACGACAGGUAUAAGAUGUCGGACACUAAUAUAGUGUCUGAAUGGCUGCGUGCCAUGCAUUUGGGGCAAUAUGCGGACAGCUUCAUCGACAACGGAUAUGAUGAUCUUGAAAUAUGCAAACAAAUCGGAGAGCCGGAUUUGGAUGCUAUAGGAGUGACUAAUGGUGCCCAUCGGGAAAUCAUCCGGCGGGCGGUCAGGAGGUUGAUUGAAGAAGGUGGUACCUCUGUUUAUUUCACUCUUGAAGAACAGCACAACUAUCAGAAUAACACCCAAAGUAGUUCGGACGAUUAUGAAAAUUGUGGUGGUGCGACCACAUUCGCUGCUGUAGCAUCGUGUUCGUCAUCACCUCUUCCAUCGCAAAGGCGGCCAGCUUUUUUCAGGCACCAAUCGGUGCCGUCCAACGUCCGUGGUAGCAAGUCCGGUUACCAUCACCAUCAUCGCAGCAACACGAAUCAUAUCACUCCAGAGACAACGUCACUGGAUUCUAUAAGGGAUAAUGUUACCGGUUGCAUGCCGCGGAUAUGUGGUGCAGAUGUCAACAGUAGUGAUGGACCCUAUCAGUGGACGUAUACCGUCGGGGACAGCGGUGGUAAGCGGUCGCCAGUACUCCAGAGGUCCACUCUCAGGUACUUGAGAGAAGAUGAAAGAGUCAUUCAUAACUGUGAACCGAAAAAAUCUAUCGCUUCCUUGCCAAGGAGGCUGGAGAAAGAGGGUUCAAAACCUUCCAGACGGACUGCCGUGGAUAGUGAAAAAUCAAGAAGGAUAGUGACAGAUAGCGAUGAGGAAAGUACACCGCACCUUUCGCCGAGAGUGCUUUGUGGACGACGAUAUAUCGACGAAUACGAGGAGGGCAAAGCUGAGCUCGGACGAUACCCUAAAAUGCAACUGAAGAACCUGGUGAAAGAAAGAUUAAUAAGGGACGGUAUUCGUCUCAGCGCUCAGCCAUACACAAAUUCGGUAAGCUUCAGUUCUUGUUCUGCUUUUCAAAUUUUGCGCAAAGUCUCAAGAAGUCUCAAGAAUUUGCGCAAAGUCUUCCAGACUUGGUUUUCGUAGAUGGUUAUGUUUGUGGAUUGCAUAAAACGAAUUUUUGUCUGAGCUAUAAUUUUUGUUGCAGAAGAAAAACUUUAGUAAAAAUUACUUUUUAGACCAAGAAAAAGUCGUAACUGUUUUGU